GUGGCAUGUGUGAGGAUAGAUGAGGGGCAUUGACACAGGCAAGGAGAGGCCACUGGCACCAGAGGGCCUUGGCCUGCAAACUCCAAGGCAUGAGCUCCAGAACCAGAGACAGCUGGCCCUGUAUGGAGACCACUGUGGGGGUAUGACCAGGCCUGGGAUACUGGCCUGCAGGACCCCUCAGAGAGGAGCAGAUGGGCCGAUCUCCUACGUGCUGUCCUCCCCACUUGAUGGGCCCUCCUGUGGGCAAGGCCCCAGAAGCCAGAGGGCAUGGAGCUUAUCCUGCCAUCUAUGCAGGUGGCCUCUUGGGCACAGGGUGGUGGGGAGAGGGGACCUAAAGUGGGCAGGUAUAGUCUCUGGCUGCCCCCUCUGGGGUCCUGGGCCCGAAAGAAAGGCCUCUGCUGCAGACCCCCACACACCUCAUCCUCCAACAAAGGCCACUGCCUCAGUCCACACGUUAGGGGUGGGAGGACCAAGCCCCAGGAGAACUGAAGUGGAACCAGAGUGGGCACCUGUGUGUGCAGGAGGAAAGCUGGCCUCCUUGGGGCUGCGUGGUGGAGGCAGCCCCUGUGCGGGGACCCCUGUGAUCCGGAUAACAGAAGGCCCUGUGAUAAGCUGUGGCUUGCACCAGAAGGAGGCCAGUGUCUUCUGCAGAAGGCUGGGGUGCGGCCCAGCGCUCCAGGCAUCCAGGCCCCACCUCACAGGGCACCCAGGCUGGCUGGGUUCGAAAGUCAUUUCCUGCCAGGGAACAGAGUCCAGCAUCUUCAACUGCAGGUUCAACCUGAACUUCCUAGACCACUGUGACCUCCCAACAGACUCUGAGGUGGUGUGUGCAGGACACACCGAGGCCCGGCUGGUGGGCGGCGAGCACCCCUGCGCCGGGCGCCUGGAGGUGAGGCGGGGCCUGACCUGGGGCACCGUCUGCCACGCGGACCUGGACCUGGCCACGGCCCACGUGGUGUGCCGGGAGCUGCAGUGCGGGGCGGCGGCGUCCACGCCCGAGGGCGCCCGCUUCGGCCAGGGCUCGGGGCCGGUGUGGACGGAGGCCUUCCGCUGUGCGGGCAACGAGUCGCUGCUGUUCCACUGCCCGCGGGCGCGCGGGAGCCAGUGUGGGCCCGGCCGUGACGCGGGGCUCAGGUGCACGGGAGAAAAGUUCAGGCUGGUCAAUGGCAGCAGCAGCUGUGAGGGCCGCGUGGAGCUCCAGGUGCAGGGGUCCUGGGCGCCCCUCUGUGCCACCCACUGGGACAUAGCAGAUGCCACCGUCCUCUGCCAUCAGCUCAACUGUGGCAGUGCGGUGGCCACACCUCGAGGAGGCCAUUUUGGGGACGGGGAUGCUGCCAUCUGGCCUGACGCAUUUCACUGUGGGGGGACAGAACCCUACUUGUGGAAUUGCCCAGUAAGCACCCUGGGGGCCCCGGCCUGUGCCCCGGGAAACUCAGCCUCCGCGGUCUGCUCAGGUCUGCCCCACGCCGUGCGGCUGAGGGAAGGACAGAGCCGCUGUGAUGGCCGCGUGGAGGUCUCCCUGGAGGGCGUGUGGGGCCGCGUCCUGGACGAUGCCUGGGACCUGCGCGGCGCGGACGUGGUGUGCCGGCAGCUCGGGUGCGGAGCGGCCGAACAAGCCUAUGACGCACCUGCCCCCAGCCGCGGGUCCGUCCAGGUGUCGCUGAGCCGCGCGCGCUGUCUGGGCACCGAGACCCGCCUGACUCAGUGCAACGUGUCCGCGACCCUGCAGGAGCCCGCGGGAACCUCGCGGGACGCCGGCGUGGUGUGCUCUGGGAGCCUCGGGGUGCGGCUGGCCGCGGGGCCGGGGCGCUGUGCGGGGCGCGUGGAGGUGCUGCGCGGGGGCGCGUGGGGCACCGUGUGUGACGACGCCUGGGACCUGCAGGACGCGCACGUGGUCUGCAGGCAGCUGGGCUGUGGCCGCGCCCUGAGCGCCCUGGGGGCCGCACACUUCGGAGCCGGGGCAGGGCGCAUCUGGCUGGAUGAGCUGGGCUGCCAGGGCCACGAAUCUGCUGAUGUGGGCAAGUGCCCGUCGGCGGGCUGGGGCCAGCACGACUGCAGCCACAAGGGCGCCGGCGUCCUCUGCUCAGAGUUCACGGAUCUGAGGCUUCGACACAGGCAGCCAUGCGCAGGGCGGCUGGAAAUUUUCUACAAUGGGACCUGGGGGUGGUGUCUGCCGACCCUGAGUGCGGCCUCCCUUGAGGUCCUGUGUAGGCAGCUGGGCUGUGCCCACGGGCAGCUGCAGGCCAGGACAGGAAGCUGGUCUGCUCCUGAGUUUCUCUGGGUGGGUUCCAUCCAGUGCAGGGACAGGCAUGACCGGUCCCUGUGGCAGUGCCCAUCAGCCCUGGGACCAGCAUCAUGCUCCAGUGGAGAGGAAGCGUGGGUCCUGUGCACAGCAGAAAUUGGUGGUUUGGGGAGACAGAGGGAAAAGGAAACGAAAAAUAUUGUACAUAAUUUAGCUGCUGAGCUUCAAAUACAGAAACGGGUCCCAUUUCCUGUGGCAGAAAAGGCAGCAGAAGUUCCUGAGGACCCUGGGGGAGCCCCUCAACUGCUCCUCCUCCGCUCGGGCUGCCCAGGUACUCUUGUCCUUGUCCUCCUCGCUCGGCUGCCCAGGUACCCUCUGUCCUUGUCCCUGUCCUCCUUCCCAUCCCGGUCCAGCCCCGCAGUGACGGCAGCCCCCGUUCCAGAGGAGGGCGCGCGGCUGCGCGUGCGCGGGGCGAGGACCGCUGCUCCGGGCGUGGAGCUCUGCCACGCGGGCUCCUGGGGCACCGUUGUGACGACGGCGAACCUGGCGGACGCGGAGGUCGUGUGCCGCCAGCUGGGCUGUGGUGGGCCGUCGCCCCCUGGGGCCGCCGCCUUUGGCCCUGGCUCCGGACCGGUGUGGCUGGACGAGGUGGGGUGCCGGGGCGCGGAGGCGUCCCUGCGGGGCUGCCCUGCGGAGCGGUGGGGACGCGGAGACUGCGCGCACAAGGAGGACGCGGGCGUGCGCUGCUUGGAAAACAAACAGUUAACCACAGCGAUGACCUUAGCACAAAUAGCAGCAGUGGAGCCUGGCCCAGGCUCCCCGCUGCCUGCAGCGCCCUUCCGGACACUCUGGGUGGUCAGUGUCAUCCUGGGAGCCCUUCUUGGUCUUCUCCUUCUGGGCCUCAUGGCCUUUCUGAUUCUGCCUCGAGUCACACAAGCCAUGCAGAGGGGUCUGGGAAGAUCUGAGGCAUCUCCUGAAGAAGCGAUCUAUGAUGUCAUUGGGGAAAUGCCGCUAGCAGGACUGUACGAGGAAAUCGUGGAGGCUGAGGCCGUGCCCCAGGAUGAGGAGGACGCAGGUGUGGUGAAGGGGGACACAGAAACAGCAGGAAACAUCCUCAUGGUCGUGACCAUCAGCCUGAAUCCAGGCCUCCACACUCCAAUGCACUUCUUUCUCCCCCACCGGGUCCUUUUAGACAUUGUCUGCACAUCCAUUGUCCUCCCCAAAUUGCCGGAGGGGCUGGUGGCCACAGCCAGCUCUUCCUGACGUGGUUUCUGGGGGCCGAGCUGCUGCUGCUCACCGCCAUGGCCUAUGACGGCUACGUGGCCGUCUGCUUAGGCAUGCUGGUGAGUGGUCAGUGUGGUCAGCACGUCCGUGCACACGGGCCUGAGGCUCAGCUUCUGUGGCUCUGGUCAGAACCAGAACUUUUUGUGUGAGGUCCCCACCCUGCUACUGCUGUCCUGCAGUCCAACAGCCCUGAACAACAUCAUGAUCAUGGUCAUAGACGUUUAUUUUGGCGUGGUCAACUUCCUGCUAACCAUGGUGUCCCACCCGCUGCAUCAUUGCCAGCCCCUGCAGCAUCCUGCGCAUCCGCACUGCGGAGGGCAAAGCCGCAGGCCUUCUCCACGUGCUCCCCCGCC